GUGUCCAUUUCAACUCUGCUCCAUCCAUAUCCCAUCACGAACCCACCAAAACAUCCUCUCCGUCCCCGGUACAUGCACAGAACCAGAGUCUGCAAGAGAAGAAGGCCAAUGGGUUCGUGCGUCUCCCGCUCCGGCGCGAUGUCGACGGCGGCGGAGUCCGUGCACGCGCUCACGGCCAAGGUCGUGGACCUCGACGGCUCCGUGGCGCAGUUCGCGCCGCCCGUCACGGCGCAAGAGGCCCUGGCCGCCACCGCCAGCGGAGCGCAGCCGUCGUCGUCGUCGCGCUUCCUCUGCUGCUCCGACGCGCUGGACUUCGACGCGCCCAUCAGCGCGCUGGCCGCGCACGACGCGCUGCACCCGGGGCAGCUCUACUUCGCCCUGCCAGCGUCCAUGCUCGGCCGGCCGCUGUCCGCCCAGGGCAUGGCCGCGCUCGCCGUCAAGGCCUGCGCGGCUCUGGGGACAGCGCCGGUCGGCAGCGUCCCGUCGUCGUCGUCGUCGCUGGACAGAAGCGAGGCCCGUGCGGCCAGCAGCUGGCCGCAGCGGUGGCAGUCCACGGGACGAGUCGCGCCGCUCGUCGUCGUGCGCGCUGACGCGCACGGGGAGUGGAAGACUUACCCGGUGCACGGCGGGUACAAGGCGGCGCGUGUUGGCGGCGGCGGCGGCGGCGGCGACCAGACGGUGGGGAAGACGAAAAACGGAGUCGGUUACAAGGGUAUCGCCCGUGACCUUGCACCCAUUCAGAGGCUAAGCGUGAUCGUGGAAGGAGCAGAGCUAGUGAGUGAUCCAUUCAUUGAACAGUAUUCAGUAGUACUAGUAAACUAGUACGGAGUAGUUUGAUCAAGCCGGCAAUUUAGUUUACCUGCUCCCCUGUUCCGUUUGAGAGGAGAUCGGUGUACUGUGUACAAUAUGUUUUCAAUAAAAUUUUGAUUCUUUGG